AUGGGGUCUAUCAGGUGCCAUCUCUGUCGCCAGAGGAAGACGAAAUGUGAUAGACGACUCCCACACUGUUCCUUCUGCGUCAAAGCAAAGGUCCGCUGCCAAUAUGUGACCAAGACAAAGAAACGUGGGCUGCGCGCUGGCUACGUGUCGCAGCUCGAGAAUCGCAUUGGUAGUUAUUCCCAUCCUUUGCGACGAAGAUAUGGUCUGACUCUUCUACCAGAAUCUCUGGAGCAAGAGGUAGAGAGGUUCAAGCACGAACGGACAACGUCCUCGACGGCGACGGCGACACCAAAUCCAAUCCUCAGCCCUCCUCUUGCUGCUACAGCCACCGCCCAAUCUAUUGACUUAUCCCCGUCCCAAAAUUCCAUCUCUAAUACUCCCUCCGUCUCCCAUGUUCAGCCUCUGAAAUCCGAUGGUCCACAGGCAGAAUCAGACGUUGCAGUUGCAGACUUGAUGACUCUGUCACAUGCAUAUCUGCAUACCUUGGCCGACUCGUGGUUCAAGGAAACCCAGCCAUGGUACCCUAUCUUGAGCCGGCAACAUAUUCAGAGUGCCCUUGACUCUCUUCCUCUACCUCUGUCACACAUAGACGACGUGGUGCUCAAGGCCGUGAUUGCGCUUCAGAUAGCAUACUCGAGUCAGGCCAUCUGUUUGGGAUAUCACGGAAGACAUCGACUUUCACAGUACCUCAGGUCGCAGGUCGUGAACGAGGCGUUCUCCAAAGCAUCACUAAAAUCAGUCCAAGCACUCUUGAUCAUUGCCAUUCUGGACUAUGGCUCGGACAACAUCCCCAGCACAUUCAGCCUCCUCGCCGUCUGCCGUCGGAUGUGCGAAAAUAUUGGCCUGUUCCGCAAAUUGUUGAACCAGAUGCAGCUGCAGAGCCCGGCACAAGUCGGCCCCCCAGCGAUCGGCAGCAAUACCGGAGAUGAACUAGCGAUUCCUUUGACCUGGGCCUCGCUUGCCAUGGAUGCUGUUUCGACCUUGGGCAUCUCGUGGCGUGACGUGUCGGCUGCAGUGAUGGACCACCUGUCGAGUGUUGCGUAUGUGAGCACCCCGGACCUUAGGGACAGCUUCCGCAGCCACACCCAUCUUGCCGCGAUCGGACUGCAACCUCUCCACAACUUCUUAUACGACCAUGAACAAGGGAGAUAUGAGCAAGCACAGGGCCAAGCAUUUGCCACGUGUGAUGAGAUAUAUCAUAAUCUCAUGAACUAUGUUCGUGCUCAACCAAGCACCAGCUAUACGUUGUUGGCAGACGGGCUGAUUGAUUUUGACCCCAACCUCGUCCUCACCAGCAUCUUGUCCCACGCGAGCGUUGUCAUCCUUUAUGCGCGCCUCAUCGAAGUGGACGGAUCGUCAUGCAACGAGAUCCCGCUCCAGAGAUGCCACAAAGCAUGCGAAGACAUAGCGCUAGCUCUGCGCAGUAUCAGUGACGCGGACGCCGAACUCAGCACGCCGUUACUGGGAACCAUGCUCUUCGUCGCAGCGCGGUUCAAGCUGCUGAUAUAUCGCAAGACGAACCAGCAACGGGAACCCAUCUUUGACACAUUGAUGCACGGGAUCAGCAUGUGCGGACGUCGAUGGGCCGUGGCCCGUCGGCAGGACAUUGUUCUCCGCGCGGCCAUUGUCGAGGUCGACACGGGCAACGACUCGUCACUGCCCGCGAUCUUCUGGAACGUGAAGAAGAGCCACUUGGAUAUAUCUGAGGAGCUGAAGGAGUGGAUCGAGGACCGCAAGCAGUCACUGUACAUAGGAUCACUGAAUGGACCGUAUGUAUGA